AUCCGAGGAGGCCAUUUUUUUUUCAGACCUGACCAACCGACCGCUGAAAGCACAACAUCAGCCGGGGAACUCAGCCAGACCAGAGCAAUCGAGCGCCGGGCGAUCCAAUCCUGACUAUCGAGCUGCCACUACUGCACUCCAUAAAACAGCUGGAUGUGGACCCAAUGCAGGGCCCGAUCGCUCUGGUGCUGGCAGAGGAUGGAACAAUCGUUGAAGAUGAAGAUUACUUCCUCUGCUUACCCGAAGAUACAGAGUUUGUCCUGCUCACCGGGAACAAGAAGUGGUCUCCUUGUAUGACAGAUGGAGGCACCAUGUGGAUGGCUAGGGAGUCAAUAGACCAAGAUGAUGUGGACGGUAGCCUGGAGAUUCCUCGGUGGAAAGUGUUGGCCGCGCAGCUAAAACAAAACCUGUCCAACAUCAUUCUAUUCUCGGAAUCUGACUUUCAGGCUCUUAUUGAUGUUCAGACUGAGGAGCUCAGCAGAGAGAUAGCAAUACCGGUCGUGAAGGCAGAAAUGCUGAAGGAUACACUGCAGUGCCUGCUGGAUCGUAGACAAGAAGAGCGUCAGUCUAAGGAACUCCUGCAGCUCUAUUUAAAGGCUGUGAAUAAGGACGGAACAGCAGACGCCAGUACAGAUGAAACGGACUCAAAGCGAUUAAGCCAAAGAGAAUCGGACCAGAAAACCCAGCUCAGCAGCCAUGUCAUUACUAUACUGAGGGAGAAGACGUCGCCAUAUCUCAGCUUAUCCAAUGAGCAGCUAGAGGCUGUGUGUGCACAAGAUACUAAUGCGUUGUCAGUGGACCUGAACCAGAGUCUAGAACAUGUCCGCAAUCUGCAGGCUUCAUGUGCCGAGCAGCUACAGCAGCGCUACGAGCAAGUGCAACGCCUGAACUCCCUUUCAAGUGCAUCACAAGCGAAACGGCAACUUUUGCCCUAAGGAUGUGGAAAAAAAAAAAAUCGAUGAGGCGAGGACAUGCACAGAGUGUUAAAAAUAAAAGCUGGGUGUGACACACGGGAGCUCAGUAGUUAUACGUGUCGGAGCAAAUUCGGUCAUGUGGUAUAAACACUUGCUUCAGCCUUUUAAGUUUAGCUGAUCCAAAUGUAUUUUCUUAAAUGUGAAGAGUCUCUAUGGCUCCAAGUCUUUGGUGAAAGGUACAAAACAAUCUAAGGGUGCAUUCACAUUACAUUUUGGGGGGAAAUGGCCGCUGCCGUAUCCCCGCUGGGCAGAGUCAACCGGUGACUCUGGUUGGCUCAUUUUUGGACUGUAUCCAGUUUUUGUUGCUGGACUGAAAACCAUGGUCUGCCGCAGUUUCGGUCCAGAUACAGUCCAAAAAUGACUCCCUCCGGCUCAUUCAAAUGAAUGGGGUUCAGCACGGGACCGGCCGAGCUACAGCAGCAUCUGAUUUUCAGAUUCUCCCACCAAAUCCUGCUGCUGUAUCCCGGCCGGUCCCAUGCUGCACCCCAUUCAUUUGAAUAAGCCAGACAGUCAUUUUUGGACUGUAUCCAGACCAAAACUACUCCAGACCAUGGUUUUCAGUCCAGCAACAAAAACUGGAUACAAUCCAAAAAUGAGCCGACCACAGUCACUGGUUGACUUCGUCCAUACGGCAGCGGCCAUUUUUCAAAUUCUCCCGCCGAAUCCAGCUGCCAUAUCCGCAAAACAUGAUGUGAAUGAGCCCCCUCUACAGCCGAGGUGAUGAUGUCAUUGCUGGUGAUGAGGUCAUUAACGCUGAUUGCUCUUUUGUACAUUGAUACUUUACAGGGAGUUACGAUGUUAAUAUUGUACAUGAUCCUAUUGGUGUUUUCUACUUUUUAGUUUGUGUUUUUUGGGUUGAUUUUAUUGGUGUUUUAUAUGUAUAUUAAGGUACACGACUGCACAAAAAUAUCUCUAUGGAGUGGGUCUCCAUUUUUUUAAUAAACUUUUUUUCAAA